CCAACAUCAAGUCUGUAUUUUAACAUGUGACGAUAAUAUAAAAUAUACCGUACUUGUUUUAACACAAAAUCUGGUACCAGGGUCCAUCAUGAUAGUGUGCACAGGGGCCAAUCUUAACUACCGUACACCACUGGCUUCAAGUAUUUAAUAAUGAUAGUACUUUUGCACCUUUACUUGUACAAACAAAAACACAACUUUUACCGGCAGCAGAAUAUUUCUACACUGUCUUAUUGCUACUUUACUUAAGUAAAAUCUGAUAUAAUAAAUACCAUACAGAAUAUUCCUCCCUUUCUGAGGCACAUCACUAAUUUAUGUCUUCUCAGUAUCAUAAUUUAUGGACAAAACAAUCCCCUCAGGCCUGCUUUGACUCCUUUAUAAAGAUAAGUGUUGUCUUAUCUGGCACAAUGUGUUGUCGUCUGUCAUUCCUCUGUGGCUGCAUAAUUAUUUUAGAGUAAACAGAGGGUGUGUUUCCAAUCUGUGCACAUGCAUACGUGGCUGCAUGUGUGCAUCGGUGACACAAACAAACAAAGGUUCAGUUAGUGCAGUAGGUGUCACUGAGUCAUGGCGAUCUUUAACCACUUGUUGCUCGUUUGGUGUUUGGUGCCGCUGGUGCUGAGCUACCCUUUCUACCCACCGACAUGCUACACCAAGGUGCUGUACAUGGCACGAGAGCUCACCCAGUGGGCUGCAGAUCUGAAGAGGGACCCUGAGACUGCUUACUGCAUGGCACGCAUGCCAGAUCUCAUCCUUGAUGUCCAUAAUGCUUGUGUGAUGAACAAAAUGAGGACCUACAUCUCCCUGGUGGAAGGCCUGCGAGAUCGCCGCUGCGCUUACACCAAAGACGUGAGGAAGCUGGGUCUCACUCUGAGGCAGCUGUUCAUCAUCAUGUCGGAGAAGUGUCACGGGGACUUGGUGUUCACGAUCUUUGACUGCUCUGCUCUGGAGCGCUGACAUACUGGAUCCUGAGGCAACAGUAUAACAGUCUGACAGCAGUACAGCCUGUCUAUGUACAUUCUUCAAGCAUGUGCAGUCACUGAGAGACACAAGACUGAUGUUGAGUUUAAAUCUAUGAUAAGUAUGGCUUGUGUUACCAAAAAUGUAUUUUAAUCAUCUGUUGUCUGACUAUA